CUGCAGGGGGAGAGCGAGGAGAGAGGCAUGGCGUUCGCUGAGUUGUUGGUGCAGCUCCUGUGGGUCUCGACGACGCUGGCUGCUUCCUCCUUGCGCCAGCCCCGGAAUGCGGAGCCGCCGCGGAGUACAUCCCCCUUCGGCCCGGUGUGGCCCCUGCCCCGCUCGAUCCACAUCUCCCCAAACCGGCUGCAGCUCGCACCGAAGCGCUUCCAGAUCGUCCACGGCCUAGGGUCUUCGGAGGGGCCACAAUGUUCCUUGCUGCAGGAUGCGUUCCGCAGAUACUAUGAAUACAUUUUUGGGUAUUCCAAAUGGCAGAAUCGUGACGAAAAAUCCUUGGCUGAAACUGAGUUAGCUGCACUUCAAGUUAUUAUUACUUCAAAGGAAUCUGACUGUGACAAAUAUCCUGACAUCUCAUCAGAUGAAGCUUAUCAGCUCAGCGUGAGAGAGCCUGUGGCGGUAUUGGAGGCAGGCAAAGUUUGGGGAGCAUUAAGAGGUUUGGAAACAUUCAGUCAGUUAGUAUAUGAAGAUGACUAUGGAAGUCUCUUUAUCAAUGCAUCUGACAUUACUGACUUCCCAAGAUUUGCUCAUCGAGGAAUCUUAAUUGAUACAUCAAGACAUUUUCUGCCCUUGAAAAGUAUCCUGACCAAUUUGGAUGCCAUGGCUUUUAACAAAUUCAAUGUCUUACACUGGCAUAUUGUAGACGACCACUCCUUUCCUUACCAGAGUAUCACUUUUCCUGAACUGAGUGCUCAGGGAUCCUAUUCUUACAAUCACAUUUACACUCCAACGGAUGUCCGUCUGGUGAUAGAGUAUGCACGAUUACGUGGCAUUAGAGUCCUCCCGGAAUUUGAUACCCCAGGGCAUACACAGUCUUGGGGAAAAGGACGGAAAGAUAUCCUCACAGCAUGCUACAGCGGAGAAUCUCCGAGUGGCUCUUAUGGACCUGUAAACCCCGUUUUGAAUUCAACUUAUGAUUUCAUGGCUAAAUUAUUCAAUGAAAUUGGUACAGUGUUUCCUGACGAGUACAUCCACUUAGGAGGAGAUGAAGUGGACUUUAGUUGUUGGAAAUCCAACCCUGAUGUGAAAGAGUUUGUGAGGAAGCAAGGGAUUUGGUAUAGUUAUGCAAAACUUGAAUCCUAUUACAUUGAUAAAAUGUUGGACAUUGUAUCCUCCAUUAACAAGAAAUCUAUAGUCUGGCAGGAAGUAUUUGAUAAUGGAGCAGAGCUACCGCCAGAUUCAGUUGUUGAAGUCUGGAUGGGGAACUUCUAUGAAGAAGAAUUAAGACAAGUAACAAAAGAGGGACUCUCUGCUAUUCUGGCAGCACCUUGGUACCUAGACUACAUUAGCUAUGGCCAAGACUGGAAGAAAUACUACAGAGUCGAACCACUCAGCUUCUUUGGGUGUGAAUCACAGAAAAAACUGGUUCUUGGAGGAGAGGCCUGUCUAUGGGGAGAAUUUGUAGAUGCGACUAAUUUCAUUCCAAGACUCUGGCCUCGAGCAAGUGCUGUUGGUGAGAGACUCUGGAGUAGUAAAAAUGUGACUGAUCUUGAAGAUGCGUAUAGCAGACUAGCUGAACAUCGCUGUCGCAUGCUUAGGCGCGGAAUAGCAGCACAGCCUUUGUAUGUUGGAUUCUGUCACCAUGAAGUGAGAAAUCCAUAACAGCUAUACAAUGUGAGAUUACUAGCAGUGCCUUUUGGAUUGAGAAACUUGCACAUUCCAUCAAAUCUCUGCACUGGAACCAUAAGCUGGAAUUUUAUUUAAUAGUUAAAAUUUUGCACAUGUUUGGAGAAAGACAUUUUUCAUUAGGUAAUUUCAAAAUAAAUGUUUAUUUAAACCAA